AUUUAGUAGAUACAUCAUACUCCAAGUUCUACACAUCUUGCUUAGUGAACUUACAAGAUAAGACGCUCCCGUCGCCGACCUUUGUAAUAAGUUAACAUAAAUUCAUCUACAAAUUCCUCCCAAGUCCUAAGUCCUAAUUAAGCUAGCUAAAGAGGAUUAAAGUAAUGAGGAUAAUUUUUUUUUUGUUAUAGCUUUGUCCAUUUUCCUUGCAUGUUUGCCAACAAAAUUGUAACGUGGCCGCACUAGAUUUUUUUUCUCCCCUUUCAAUUUCUUGGCAAUCCAAACACUUCAACUCCUCAGUCCUCACUCUGCAGUGCACUCUCGUUUCUCCCCCUUUUCCCAGGUCAUCAUGCAUGGCACCGGUGGCAACAAUGGCGACGGCGACGGCGACGGCCCUAAUCGCCCAAUUCCGGCUGUUCUUACUGCCGCCGAGCAACAGGCUAAGCUGACUGAGGCUACCCAACUUCUCGUCCACCGCGGCUUCCCUGCAUCAAUGUUCACCGUUCACAAUCUCAACGACCAUGGCUACGAGGUUGACCAAUUUCUCAACCUAAUCAAACCCUUGUCAUCGAUCCAAGACAAUCUAGAGCUAGCGCACACUCUGCUCCUCGCUGCGCCUAGGUACUGGUACGCCCCUGAUUUGGCUACGUUCCCUAAUCUCAUCAAAUUUGUAACAUGGCUUUGAAACUGAUGCUGGCCGAGCCAAGCUCAACGCUCAGCAGAAGAGUCGGGACCUCAAGGGUGGUUGUGGCGGCGGCGGUGGUGGUGGUGGUUCUAUGUCAUCAACCGACGUUGCUGUUGUUGUUCGGAUGCAGCUAACUGAUUACACAGCCUCUCAGAAGAGGCUUCGCGAUAAGUUUGAAGCUGAGACGAGUGAGCUGAGACGGAAAAUUCGAGUAUUGGAGGAUGAGAUGAAAGCUGAGCUUGAAGGGUUGCGUUCGGGAUUCUCAGUUUUGGCCUAUGGCUUAUUAUGAGCCUCCGACGCAAGCUCAGGUUGAGGUUGCUGCUUAUGAUCUGUAUUUGCGCGAUGCGCCGAAGAAGAAUCUUAGCUGCAUUGCUAGGGGUGUUGAGGGUUAUGCCAAGUCUCUUGAGCUAUUUGGUUGCAUUGCCCGUGGGCAGCAUAUGGAAAACUGGAUUAAUGAGGGGGACCGCAAGAAGGUCUUGAUGGAUUAUGGUAAGCGGAAGGCGCUCUAUCUUAAGCGCAUUGGAGAGACGAAGCAAGCUGAUAAGCUUCGUAGCUUGGUGUCGGGUGGAGAAGAGGCUCUUAAUGCAGGCGGGACGCAGGGUGGCAGCCCGGAUGAUCAACAUAGUCAGGUCUGAGUUCGAGGCGGGUCAUUGGUGAGGGUGAGAUAAUCAAGUACUCAACAUGCUGUGGUUGUGAAAUUUGUUAAUUGUAGGUGGACUAAUUGGGAUUGACUAUGUUCCUUGCACAUUUGGUCUUACAUAGUCUAGUAGGUAGUGUUCCUAGAGAUAGCAUAAUCAUGAAAGCGCACAAGUUACAUAUUUGAAGUGCGAUAUCUGCGAUAUCUGUUUAGGGAUGUUUAAUCAGUUUCUUAUUUUGUAAGAUAGCUAAUUUGUGGUUUAGUUCAAGUUAUGUCAGUUAUGUUAUUCAUAGAGUGUGUUUGUUUUAACAUUUUCAUCAGUUAGCAUGAGUUACUAAGGCUGAAAAACUGUUUCGAUGGAAAAAGUGUGUUUUUACUGAAUGGAACUUGGCUCUUGGAUUAACUAAAUGUGCUUUUACUUUCAUUUCAUCUCAUGUGUAACCAAAACAUUAGUGGGAUACUGGGAUUCUGUUCUAAGUCAGUUUCAUUACAUUGUAUAUUAGAUGUAACCAAAACAUUCUCAUAGUCAGUUGCUUUUAGUGAGAUUCUGUUUUAAGUCAGUUUCAUUACAUUGUAUAUAAGAUGCACAAAAAGUGAAUCAGUAUUGCAGCACAUUUUGCAUUUUCUCCCAAUCAUAAUAUGGUAUCAGAUGACAAUCCUCUCUAUCAUAAUUCUUCUCUUCCCUAAAUCAUCCCUACUCUUAUCUCCAUCAUCUUGUUCAUUCAUGUUCUUUCCUCCAAUCUCCAUCACAUUCUUAUUAGCAUGGGAGUAACCCAAAUUCUAAGAAUAUCUUUAAUAUUAUAAAUACACUUGAAUUAGUUGCUUUGGUCAGUGUUAUGUACGGAAACAUGCUAUAUGCACAACUCAAAAUCACAGAAGCUGUCUACACAGUAUUUAUGUUGAUUUGUGAAGAUACAGAUUUUCAUUUUUAUCUCAAAGUAAAUACACUCGUCAAUAUAAAUGGCUUGAAAAGGAGCUGCGCAAGGUGAACAGAACAGAGACACUAUAGCUUGUUGUUCUGGUACCAUUGCCCAGCAUAUAACAGUUACAUGGCUCACUAUAUGGAAGGGGGGACAGUCAGAGUAAUGUAUGAGAAGUGGUUUGUGGAGUGUAAAGUGGGUGUUGUAUUUGCUGGUCAUGUCCAUGCUUAUGAGAGAUCGGUGAAGGCUACGGUGCCAGAGUCUACCAUGUUGAGCAUCGCUGCAUCGGUGUAUAAGCACAAUAUUGCAAAUUUAUCCAUUAAGUAAACGGUAAUUAUGAAUGUGUCACUGUCUUCUUGCUCACAAUCUGGUCACCUGCAGUUGCCGGAAUCUUCAAAGCCGUUGUGCCCCACCGCAACCUCCUCUUACUCCCAUAUGGUACCACUACAAGCUCUCUUCAUGUUGUCCCUCAUCGGCCACCAUCUCAUCUCCGAACCCUCAUCCCUCCGGGCUCCGGCUAUCACUGUAAAGUGUAAACUCAACCCCCGACAAACACCCAUUGCCAGCGUCCCACUCCUCCCCAUGUGUCGGUUUGUUGCGAUUGUUUAAUGACAUCGAAACACCAUUUUGCAAUCGUCUUUAUCCUGGUCUGACGGAACCCUGGACAAGCAAACCAUAGAGUCAUCCCUUGAGAUCUACUAGUCUUGCCUGAGGUCUUUUUUUUUUCCUCUUCGAAUUCAGUUUUCUCAUGAUCACUUUUUUUUUCUUCCAAAAAUCCCAGUUGGAUUCUUGUUUAGUUUCUAUUUAUUAAAGAAAUUGUAUCCUGUCUGUGGCUAAAUUGGCCCUUGAAUAUUUCAAUGGCAAUACUUCACAUUCCCUACAGUCCAAGAUUUUGCAGAAAAGGGAUGAGAUUUUCAUCUCCAAAUUCAUCAAAACUUGCUCAUAAAGUUGAUGAGGUUGAUUGCAAUGUAAAACUCUCAUGUUGUUAAUGGUAUUGAAGGAAGAAAGUGGUAAAGGAAAACAUCUGGGAGUAGUCCAACGUUGCUUAGAAUGGUGAAGCGUGGGUGAUCCCAAGGCUAUAUAUAGAUCUCAAACUUAUUUGUGUUUUUUUCUUCUUCUUAUGCUCUUCUUUUAGAGCAUUGUACUAUUGUGAGAUGUAGUUAAUUUUUUGCUUUGUAGAAUGUUGGUGACGGUGGUUGGGAGUGAAGUGUAUGUGUUGUAAUAAUCUUACGGUGUUUAUUCUUGAGUCCUCAGUUUUUACAUAUAGUUGUGAUUUUACUCUGAUUUUAGAGGUUCCAUAUUGAUUAUCUUAUAGCCUGGGAGGUUGGGAAGUGUGAGUUGAGACGGCAAAUUCGUGUGGUUGGAGGAUGAGAUGAAAGCUGGGCUUACGCGAGCUCAAGUUGAGCUUGCUGCUUACAAUCUUUACAUGCGUGAUGCCCAGCAGAACCUUCUCUAUCUUGCAAUACUUUGGUGGAAAGGCAUAAUAGUAUUCGAUGAUUGAUCUAAGUUUGACUGAGGUUUGAGCCUCUCAUCACAUCUUUGACCCGUGGCACGUGUUUGCUAACUAGCGUUUCCCAGCUGAGUCCUCUCUUCUUCUCGUCCCUACUUUUUUUAUUGGUUGCUGCGUGGCACUAGCAUAUUCGAACCAACUCUAUGAAUAUUCCUACUAUUGCCACGCCAAUCUGUCCUGCUAAAAAAAAUCUAUCCACAGGACUAUGAUCUAUGAGUAUGCAAUUGUAUCUAACUAGCUAGUGCUAAACUGAGAUUGGAAUCAACAGAAAAGAGAUGGGAUUCAUCUGGCAUGGCUAUGCUCUUCUUCUACUUCCAGCCUUGGUUUUUAUUAGUGAGAUAUGUUUCUGCAUGGGUGGAAAAACCAGCACUUUUCUUAGAAAUGAUUAUUUAUCGUUGGACAUGCCAUUAAACAGUGACGUGUUUCGUGUGCCUCCUGGUUACAAUGCUCCUCAGCAGGUGCACAUAACACAAGGAGAUCAUGUGGGGAAGGCUGUGAUCAUCUCUUGGAUUACCCCUGAUGAACCUGGUUCAAGUACCGUGAUUUAUUGGGCCGAAAACAGUAGUGAUUUCAAGUGGCAAGCUGAUGGGUUUUUCCUUACCUACAAAUACUUCAACUACACCUCUGGUUACAUUCAUCACUGCACUAUUCAGAAUUUGGAGUUUGACACCAAAUACUACUAUGAGGUUGGAAUAGGGAAUACCACUCGCCAGUUCUGGUUCAAAACUCCUCCCACUGUUGGCCCAGAUGUUCCUUACACAUUUGGUCUAAUUGGGGAUCUAGGCCAAACUUAUAAUUCCAACACCACUCUUACCCAUUAUGAACUAAGCCCAGUGAAAGGCCAGACAAUACUGUAUGUAGGGGAUCUCUCUUAUGCAGAUGACCAUCCAUUUCAUGACAACAACAGAUGGGAUACUUGGGGAAGAUUCAUUGAGAGAGUUGCUGCCUAUCAGCCUUGGAUAUGGACUGCAGGGAAUCAUGAACUUGAUUUUGCUCCAGAACUUGGUGAAACUAGACCAUUCAAGCCUUACACUUCUCGUUACCAUGUACCCUACAAAGCAUCAAAUAGUACAUCUCCAUUGUGGUACUCUAUCAAGAGAGCUUCAGCAUACGUCAUUGUUAUGUCUUCUUACUCAGCAUAUGGUAAAUACACUCCUCAGUAUAAAUGGCUUGAGAAGGAGCUGCCCAAGGUGAACAGGACAGAGACACCAUGGCUUAUAGUUCUCAUUCAUUGUCCAAUAUAUAAUAGUUACAAGGCUCACUAUAUGGAAGGGGAGACGGUUAGAGUAAUGUAUGAGAAGUGGUUUGUGGAGUAUAAAGUUGAUGUUGUAUUUUCUGGUCAUGUCCAUGCUUAUGAAAGAUCUGAACGUGUAUCAAACAUUGGAUAUAAUAUUGUAAAUGGAAUUUGCUUACCCAUCAAUGACCAAUCUGCCCCAGUUUACAUAACGAUUGGAGAUGGAGGAAAUUUAGAAGGAUUGGCAACUGCUAUGACUGAGCCCCAGCCAAGAUACUCUGCGUUCCGUGAAGCCAGUUUCGGGCAUGGGAUUCUUGAGAUAAAGAACAGAACUCAUGCCCGUUUUGGUUGGAAUCGUAUUCAAGAUGGAUAUGCUGUGGAGGCUGAUUCUAUAUGGUUGCACAAUAGACACUGGAGCCACCCAAAAGAAGUAUCUCUUGCUGCAUUUCGGUAGAAUAAUUCAGUGCAACUAGUAAGGACUUAGUUGUUCUGGUUCAAACAACCUAGUGUAGUAGUGUCUCUCUCGUUUCAAAUAUGUUACACUGUCGUAUGAAUGCCGUGGCAUGUGAUAUCAAGAAAAAUGAUGGUUUGGUACUUAAAAGGGAAGUGAUUGAGAAAUGAGGUGAAGUAAGUGAAAGAUGUGAUAAAGUAAUGCACUAGAGAAAAAAAAGGGACAUAAAUGAGGGAUGAAAUUAGGCAUAUGUCCCCAUCUUCUUCAUCGGAUCAUAACAUCAUUUUGUUAACCACCACAACACAAAUUGCGAUCCUUCAUAACUCCUCCAUUACCUGCGCAAACCUCCUUCCUUCACGUACAAAACCAUCACCGCCAUUCUUCUUUGGCUUAAAUAAGUUUUUGGUCCCUAACCUUUACCAUAUUUUGGUUUUCGUCCCUCGCCGGAGAAAAGGUGGGCUUUAGUCCCUAACCUUUGCCAAAAUGUUCGGUUUUCAUCCCUCCGGAGCUCUGGGUCAACACCGGAGCUCCGGUGGCCCAUGUGGCAAUGCCACAUGAGAUUAAUGAGGCCAAGUGUUAUUUUUAUUUAUUUUUUUA